AUGGAAACCCAAGAUUCACUAAAAGUUUUAUUGGAGUCCAGAACCUAUUCCAUUUUCAACUUCCGAUCGUUGACUUUUCAAGCGCUUAAAAGGUAAUCCUCAUUCAGAUCGGUUUGCGAUUUAUUAGAAGACCCUAGUUCUUCUUUUGAAUUGAAAGCACCCUAUUUAUCAGGUUGGGUUGACAUAAUUGAUGAUUCAACGUAUUUUACUUUCAUUAUCAAUGCAGUAUCUCCAUUGAUAUAUGUGUUUUAUCCAGGUAUUUCAUAAGAAGGAGCUCCAAGCAUUCUAAGAGUUCAAAGCUAUAAUUUAGCUAUUUUUGGAAAACACAAAAAGUGGGACGAAAGAAUGCAUAUGAUCGCACAGCAAAUUAAGGAAGUAAAUCCUGACAUCAUAGGAGUCCAAGAAGCAAAAAGAGACCCUCUAUAUGGGCUAUAUGGAGUUGAAAGAGUGCUUACGAAAUUUAUAGAAAACGUGGCUGGGUCGAAUUAUUCAGCUCAAGGAAGAGAUAUGAUGAAGGAUAUUUUAGAGCUAAUCCCAGAAUAUCCUUACUCAUAUUUGCAUGACUCAAUGCAUUAUAGUGAUGGCUCUACUGAGGGCAUUGGAAUUAUAUCGAGAUUCCCAAUUUCCAACAUUAAACACAUCCAGCUAUCAAAGUCCGAUUCAGAUGGGAAUAGCCGUUCAUGUUUGAGAGCAACAAUCUCUCAUCCUAUGAAAAAUUUGCUAGUUUACAAUACUCACUUAACCUAUGAUCUCAAGGGACAAGUUAAGCAGGCCAGCGAAAUUCUGAGAUUUAUUGAUUCUGAAGAUGAUAAAUUUACAGCACAGCUGCUAAUUGGAGAUAUGAAUUCUGAAGAAAAAUAUCCACAGCCAAUGCGUCUGCUAGAAGGAAUAAGCCAAGAGCCUUUAAGUCGAGGAAAAUUAGAUGAUGCAUGGAAAAGUGCCAAUGGAGAAGAAGACGGAUUCACUUAUCCCAGCUGGGAGCCUUCAGAAAGAUUAGAUAGAAUAAUGUUCCGAAACAUUGAAGCUCCUCCAGUUUGCGAAGUGACUGGGUAUGCUGAAACUGAAGAUAAAUGGCCCUCUGACCACUGCACGGUUUUUGCUGAUUUUAUUUUGACUCAAUAG